UGUAUUUAUAUAGUUUUGUUUUAGCUAUAUGUAUAUUUUCGGUGCAUGUAAGUAUACGUUACGUCAGUCUAUGCUGUGACAUUGUAGGAGUAAGUGGGGUAAAUUUUUGUUCGUUAUUCGUUAUCAGAAAUAAUAUGUAUAUAUAAUGUGAAUAAUUGGUGUUUUGAAUUAGUGUUGUGCGUAGUUAUGAUAUACAAAAUAACAAUUUAAUAAAAUUAGUAGGUACACCUGUGGAAAAAAAUAUGCAGACCUCUUUAUCGAAACGAACAAUCGGUUGCAUCGGGAAGUGUACUUCUGGUCUUAGUGUUGAUGAAUUAGAUCAGAUUACAGAUAAUAUAAAUAAAACGUUGAAUCAUCCUCGUGGAAGAGAGAUUUUUAAAAAGUUUUUGGAACAAUAUGAUCUCAGAGACAAUCUUGAGUGUUUGGCGCUAUUCGAAAUAUGUUUUGAAAUUAUCGAACGUGAACAAAAAUUUCUACAAUCGAAGAAGGAACCUUUGUUGGAAUCGUUAAUCGAAAAUGUCAAGCAAGUACAAGAAAUGGCUACAGAUUUGGAUGGAGUAUCGCAAAUAGAUCGUGCACUUUUGGAACGUUUUAACGAAGCUUUAAAUAGCAAUUCAAGGAAUUCUUUACUUAGUAUAUUAGAGGAUACCAGAAAUUGUUGUCGAGAUCAUUUGAGAAGUAUUCAUGAAAAGUUCAAACAGUACGCAUCAGAACCGUGUCCAAUGUCUAGAUAAUAUUUUUUUCAUUUUCGUACAUUUACAACUUUGUAUAAAUGCAAAAGUUAUUUUUUGUUCUAUUAAUAAUUUAUAAUAUUUCUUGAAUUGUAAAAA